AUGAAAGCAAAUGUGUUAUCUGUUUUAUUUAGCGUUAUCGCUGUGGCCUUUGUGUUUUGGCAAUCCGGUACCUCGCACGAUAUGAAAAAUCCUGCUGAGUACUCGAACCAUGGGAAAAAUGUAUACACCGCUAAAAGCGUCGGACGAUUAGAAAGAAUUUUAAGAUCAGAUAAUUUAAAUAUAUUCCAAGAAUAUGCAGGCUUACAGGGUCAAGUACGUAAUAACGUGAUGGAAGGUAUGACCAACGUUUCUGGGUUAAGCACCCCAUUAAACAUUCAAAUUAUACAAGAACAAGAAGAACUGUAUGAAGAACAACUGGACGAACUAAUUGAUAAAAUAACUGAUACGUGGAAUGACACAUUUAUAAAUAUGGUAGAAGAUUACAUCGAUUUCACAGAACGAAAUAAUAUUAUAGAUGGGGAAUGGAAAUGCCAAAUGUGGAAUCAAAGAUGGUACAGAUAUUUACAAUACUUAGUUGGUAGUUUGAACGAAUUAAAGCAGAGUGGGAUAGAAGAGUGGAAUUACGUGGAUCUCCACCCGUACGAGCUUAAUUCGGGAAAUAUUGCACUAUAUGCCUCAGCUACAGAUGCGCACAGGAAUUCCAAGUCAUCUACAAAUAAAUACUCAUAG